AUGCCUCGCGAGAAGCAAAAGCGAGGUCGCCGGGCAGAAGAUAAGUCCAAGAAGGACGCGGCCAAACGGAAACGCGAUGAAGAUCCUGAAGAUCUAACGGCGAAGAGACUGAAACCUGCGACGGAGGCUGAAGUCGACCCCAACAACGAAAUCACAGAAGGGGCGGAUUAUAUUCCCUUCGAGGAGAAUAGAGAAGAUGGGCCUCCUAGCGACAUGCCCUUCUAUGGUCUUCUGGAUAGCGAAGAACAAGAAUACUUUUCAAGAGCCAACGAGGUGCUGGAAUCGAAUCAGUUUCAGGAUGCGGAGGAGCGGAGGAUAUUCAUCGACAGUGUCUACCGGGAGGCGAAUGGCAAAGAGUUGAAGGUUGCUUGCAGUCAGUCAUGCUCGCGGUUGAUGGAGAAGUUGAUUUCGCUAUCCGACAUGCGCCAGAUCCGGAGACUAUUCAACAAAUUUAUCGGGAACUUCCUCCAUCUUGUACAACAUCGGUUUGCGAGUCAUUGUUGCGAGACAUUAUUUAUGAAUGCGGCGCCCGGAGUGACACAGAAGACUCCCAAAGCGAAGGAACAUAACAUGGAAGAGGGGGAGGAUGACGAGCCGGAGCCCGAAUUGUCAUUGGCCGAAAUGUUCAUGAAAGUCGUUGAGGAGCUAGAAGGGAACUGGGGAUACCUAUUGACGGAGCGGUUCGCAUCGCAUACGAUUAGAGUCUUGCUACUCGUGCUUGCUGGGGAGCCGGUUGAUCUUUCAUCAACUGAUUCGGUCGUCGCGAGUCGCAAGAAGGAGAGGUUGGGAAUCGUGACUUCCGACGCAAAGGAAGAGAAACCCGUCGCAGAGAGGCAGCCGAUUCCAGAAUCUUUUGAAGCUACAUUGAAGAAGAUCAUGAGGGACAUGGUCUCUGGACUCGACAAUACCUAUCUGAGAGCCCUGGCAACCCACCCUGUUGGAAAUCCGGUUCUGCAAGUGCUGGUCUAUUUAGAACUGUCGCACUUCGGCAAGUCCAGCGCCAAAGAUCCCAAUUCGAUCAUCAGGAGGCUGAUUCCAGAUGAUGAGUUCGAUGAGAACUCGGAAGGUGCCACUUUCGUUAGAGGUCUGCUCUACGACCCAGUAGGUUCUCGUCUUCUUGAGACCAUCAUCCGGUCCAUGCCUGGUAAGCUUUUCAAGGGUCUCUACAAGAACGUCAUUCGCGAUCGCAUCGGCUCGCUUGCGCGGAAUACGACCGCUGGGUAUGUGGUUCUCCGGACGCUCGAGAGACUGGGAAAGGACGAUCUACAAAAUGCCAAGGAAUCUAUCACUCCCGAGAUUCCGGGUCUUUUGGAGCGAUCCCGGCUGGUUGUUCCUAAAGUCCUAAUUGAACGCUGCCUCGUGCGCGGGGUGGAUACCUCAUCGCUUGCGCAGGCUUUGGAGGCUGCAUACGACAAGGAUCCGGUGCGGAGACUGGAACAGAUACUCAAGCUUGAUCCUGUGCCCAGUGAAGAAGAGUCGGAGGAGAAGCAGAAGCAGUCGGGUGGUAAUCAGACAGCCGCUGCAGAGAAGUUACAUAGCUCUCUCCUCGCACAGACAAUGCUCACGGCCCCUGGUGCCUUGAGCGGCCUUGUUUACUCGAGCCUGCUAGCUCAAAGUUCGGAUUCGCUCCUCAGGAUAGCUAAAGACCCCACUGCCUCCCGUGUCAUUCAGCAGGCACUCACCGUCUCAACUUCAACUUCGCAGUUUCGUCGACAGUUCACGACCCGUUUCACCGGUCAUCUCACAGAACUUGCUCUUGACAACAGUGGAUCGCAUGUCGUGGAUGCGUUAUGGCCAGCAACUCAGGAUCUAGUCUUCAUCAAGGAAAGGAUGGCACAGGAGCUGCUCCAGGACGAAUUAACUCUUCGGGACUCUUUUGUCGGCCGAGCAGUGUGGAGAAACUGGUCAAUGGAUCUUUACAAGAGACGCCGAGGAGAAUGGAAGGCGAAAGCCAAGGGUAUUGACAGUAACAAUGAAGGCCAGGGUGAGCGGCCUAAAUCCCGGAUUGACUUGGCCCGUGCAAAGUUUGCAGCAAAGGCUGCAGAAGAGAGCAAGGCGCCAGUGGCUGCAAAGAUAUAG